AGGAGCUGUGGGUGGAUGAGGCACUGCAGGCCAUACUGCAGCAACAACAAGCUAACAGCCACGUUCAGAUCGAAGGAACCGAGUUUGUGAUUCCGACAGCUGAUGCCAUGGCAACGGCAGACGCUGAGGGAUACUACAUGGAGCAUGAACCAACCGUGGAGGAGCAACUACCUGCUCACGAGCUCGUGGUGACAUCUGCUGGCAGCAGCAGCGGUGAUGGGCCGGGUAUCCCCAUGCUAUCGCAGGAGAUGCUGAACGCUCUCGUGCGACGCAGCGAGCUCGCUGACGACGGAGACGUCCAGGUGGAGCUGCUAGCAUUCCGCCUGCGCAACCGCAGCCACGGAACCUACAGCUGCGCCCUCUGUCAGCACACGACCGCAGGAAUAUUCGCACUGCCUGGAGCACCUGGUGGCAGGACACGGAAUCGAUGCGGGAUCCCGGGGAGACGAGCGCCGGCGGGCGGUCGUGCGCCAUGACGACGCCCGCAACCAGACGGCGCUACGUGAUACGACGACGGGGGCCUGGCCGGGCGGCGGCGGGAGACGAGACGUCAUGGACGA